AUGGAGGAUCAGCCCCGCCCCCUCCGUCAUCGGCACCUUGCGCACACAGACAGCGGUGCACUAACCAGAGCCUCUGGACAGGUAGCAAAUGCCAUCGAGAUUGCCUGGAACCCUUCCUCGGACCAAGCCAUUAAAGCGCAGGCCUUUGACUACCUCAACCAGCUCCGCUCGGACCCGUCGGGAUGGCAGGUCUGUCUGUCCAUCUUCACCAAGACCCCUCGUCACUCCGAGAUCGUCCGCCAUGUCGCUCUGGAAGUGGUCAAUAGCGCAGCUCAGGCGGGUCUGAUUGACCUCCAGGGGCUGGAGUUUGUCAAGGACAGCUUGAUGGCGUAUUUGCGUCAGGUCUACGGAAGUGAAGGCACCACCCCCGACGCCGCCAACAUCCAGAACAAGAUCGCUCAGACCAUAACGUACCUGUUCUCUGCGCUCUAUGGAAGCGGAUGGGAAAGUUUCUUCGAUGACCUUCUAAGCUUGACGAGCAAAACUCCGUCCUCGAACCUGCGCGACAACCCCCUCGGAAUCGUAUUCUAUCUUCGAGUCAUAAAUUCGAUUCACGAUGAGAUCGGCGAUGUUCUGGUAUCACGAUCCCGUGCGGAGCAGGACAAGGCAAACACUCUGAAAGAUCUGAUUCGGCAGAGGGAUGUGCAAAAGAUCGUCAACUCCUGGCAGGAGAUCUUGUCGCAGUGGCGAGACGGGAACGAUCAGAUAGUGGAAAUGACGCUCAAGGCCAUUGGUAGUUGGGUCAGUUGGAUAGAUAUCGGCCUGGUUGUUAAUCAGUCAAUGUUGGACCUCUUGUUUCAGCAGCUGUCUCGCGCCCAGAAGGCGGAUCUUAGGGAAGGAGAAGAGAAGGUGCGGGAUGCCGCCAUUGACGUAUUCACCGAGAUCGUCGGCAAGAAGAUGAGGCCUGAGGAUAAGAUCGAUAUGAUUAUCUUCCUGAAUCUAGACAACAUCGUCACCCAGCUUUCCAACAGCCCUCCACUGCACGAUAAUAGGUUCACCUUUAAGUACGAUACAGACCUCGCUGAAACGGUGGCGAAGCUAAUCAAUAUCACCGUCAUCGAUAUCGUUCGUGCAUUGGAUAAUGAUGCUGUCGCUGUUCAGACGAAAGAGAAGGCGAGCAACCUUCUUCAGUCCUUCCUUACGCACGUGCUUCGAUUUUUCUCCGAUGAAUAUGAUGAGAUUUGCUCAACGAUCAUCCCCUGUGUGACGGAGCUCUUGACCUAUUCCAGAAAAGUGUCCAAGUCAAAUCCGUCCGUGAGCGCUCAGCAUUCUACAAUGCUGCUGCCUAUAUUGAAGGCCAUCAUCGCGAAGAUGAGAUAUGACGAGACUUCCUCAUGGGGGGAGGAGGAUGAGCAAACCGAUGAGGCGGAGUUUCAGGAGCUCCGGAAAAGACUACAUGUUCUGCAGCAGAUCAUCGCUGCGGCUAACGAGCAACUGUACAUGGAUGCCAUCUCCGAGGUUGUCGGCACAACAUUUGAAAAUCUACGCCAGUCAGGGGGCCAGUUGGAUUGGCGCGAUCUCGAUCUCGCCUUGCACGAGAUGUUCUUGUUUGGUGAUCUCGCCGUCAAGUCCGGCGGUCUGUACACCAAGAAUAAGCCAAACAAUGCUGCUGCCGAGAGGCUGAUCGAGAUGAUGCUAAGGAUGGUUGAAUCCGACAUCAGGUCGUUCACUCAUCCGGCAACUCAGCUGCAGUAUAUGGAAAUCUGCGUCCGGUACAGUUCUUUCUUUGAGCACCACACCCACCUUAUCCCUGGCGUCCUGGAGAGCUUUCUCCAACUUGUUCAUCACCCUGUCAAGAGGGUGAAGACCCGAUCAUGGUACCUGUUCCAACGCUUAGUGAAGCAUCUCCGAUCCCACAUCGGUAACGUGGCCCAAACUGUCAUCGAGGCUUUGGGUGAUCUACUGGUUAUCCAAGCAGAAGUUCCAUCUGAAAGAGCCGAUGGGGAUGAGAUGUCCUCCGAAGACCAUGAGAGCCAGGCCGAUACUGUUUUCAAUAGUCAGCUGUACCUUUUCGAAGCAGUCGGUUCGCUGUGCUCGACAGCUGCUGUUCCGGCGGACAAGCAGGUCGUUUAUGCUCAAACCGUGAUGAACCCGAUCUUCCUUGACAUGGAAAGGAAUCUGGGGGCUGCCAAGUCAAAUGAUGAGAGGGCAUUGUUGCAAAUCCAUCACGACAUCAUGGCCCUCGGAACUCUUGCCCGAGGCUUCUCAGACUGGAUGCCAGGAGUCAGCACCCCGUCCAGUGCUCCACCUGCCCCUGAAGUCUCGGAAGCCUUUGGUCAGGUGGCAGAGGCGACCCUUGUCGCUCUUGAAUCACUAAAGACAUCUUUUAAUGUGAGGACCGCAGCGAGAUUCGCGUUCUCACGGUUGAUCGGAGUUCUUGGGUCGAGGAUCCUUCCCCAGCUGCCGAGAUGGAUCGAUGGGCUGUUGACCCAAACAUCUUCCAAGGACGAGAUGGCAUUGUUCUUGCGACUUCUUGAUCAAGUCAUCUUUGGGUUUAAGACCGAGAUAUAUGCCAUCCUUGACACUCUUCUCACGCCCUUCCUGCAGCGAGUAUUCUCGGGGAUUGCGGAUCCAACUAGAGGCACAGAUGACGAAAUUCAACUCGCGGAACUGAAGCGGGAGUAUCUGAGCUUCUUGCUUGCGCUUUUGCACAACGAUCUGGGCUCUGUGAUCAUCAGUCAAGCAAACCAAUCCAUCUUUGAAACGGUCAUUUCCACCAUCGAACACUUUGCCAAGGACGUUGACGACUUUACGACCGCAAAGAUGGCCUUUUCGGUGCUGUCAAAGAUGGCCAGUGCCUGGGGAGGUCCAGACAUUUCCGCCACUCCGUCGAAUGGGGUCACCACGACUCAAGCAGCUCUUCCCGGUUUCAAUCAAUUCAUGUUCACGCGCUUCUCACCGCUGUGCUGGGCACUCCCAAGCACACCGUCGUUCAACCCAAAGGAUGCCCAGGCGAGGCAGGUCCUUGCUGAAGCCGGAGGGUUGCAGCAUACCAUAUACUCGAAAACGGGUGCAGAAUAUGUUGAAUACCUUCGCACUAGGGAGCUUCCCAGUAUGGGAAUGGGAUCCGAUCUGAUUGACGAAUACUUGAAUGCCCUGACUCAGCUGGACAUGAAGGGGUUCCGGGGGUUCUUCCAGUCAUUUAUCCAGCGGUUGAGCGCAUAA